CUCCGCCAAUUAUAUGAUUAUAUUUGGAUUACAGGUGGAUAUUAGUACAUUUCAAUCUGUGGCUGUGGUUUUCCGUGCCAGUCCUGACGAAGGAGGAGUGAUUUGGACGAAUUCUUAAGAGGGAAGCUGUACCUGGAAGGCAAAACCGAGAAACUCAUUAAUCCACGGAGUUCCCUGUCAGUUUACAACAACCCGCCAAAUUCUAAAGCUAAUACUGCAGAGUUAUGUCGACUCGGUGUGUUGUCGCUGUCAUCUUAUUCCAGUAGACUGCACCACGGAAUUGCGAUGUGGAGCGACGUUGAACUUCUCACCAACGAAGAUACGAACACUGUCCGCUUCGGCAGUGUGUCGAGGGAGGAAAAUGGUAGCGGCUUGUAUCAGGUGGACACACUGGUCAAAAUCUCCACUGCCAAUGAGGUGCAGGCAGAUCCCUGUCUCUCCUCCUCCAGUGGUUCAAACUGGAGCAUUGUUGUUGCUGACAAGACAGUCAUCCUGUUUGACCAGAGCUAUCAGACCAUCCUGCUGCUUCUUCACUUUGAAACUGAUGUGGAUGCCAUUGAUGUAUGCCUGGAUGGACAGUUUUUGGUGGUCUGUGAACGAAAUGGAAACCUUCAUUUGAUCUAUGUUCCACAUAAGAAAAUCCUUCUCACCAGGGCUUUGGUUGAAAAACCAUCCAGAGAAGACAAGAAAACAUACCGCUAUCUAAUCACAGAGGAGGACAAGGCAUCAUUAGGGAUGUACCAUGUGUUCCUUCUCGUACAGGAUGGUUUUUUCCACAUAACAAAUCUUGCUCUGGCAAAGAUCGAGACAGCCAUUGGAAAAAUGGAUUUGGGAGCUUUGAAAGAACUGCAGUCUCUCAUCAAGAUAGACUUCUGCUCCACGAGGGAUUACCAUGACGAGGGCUGCAGUACAGCAGUGAUGUUCAACCUGGGCAAUGAAAUCAACUUCCUGAUUGGGGGCGAUAAAGAAAAUGUCGUGACUCACUGGAAGAUGGACCCUCAUCAGGCCAAGAUGUACCUCGCUCAUUCUGUCAAUAAUAGCCUAAUUCCAGGUGUGAGGAAGAUGGUUGUGGUGGAAAAUCUCUUGUAUAUUCUCGACACUGAGGACACCCUGAGUCUUUGGGACGUACAUUUCCUUGUCAUGAUUCACUGUUGGCCGGACGUUGCCAUUCAUGACUUUGAACUCCUCACAGAAUGUGGCUCUGCCUCCAUCCAAGACAAGGGCAGCAUUAAGAUGAUUACUCUGACAAAGCAAGACAACAGCCAGAUCAACUCACUGCAAAUCCGAUUCCUGCCCUCCAUGACUGUUGGAUACUCUCUGGAUGUCUCCUCAGUCUCCUGUCUUGUCCAGACAAAAGUAAACAUGGAUACUAUUUAUCUAGUGGAGGGAAUUUGUGAGAACCCAGAAAGUCGAGGAGAGCCUGUGUCGUCUGUUGUUGUCAGAUGCUUCACAGAGGCUUUGCCGGAGAACAGACUUAGUAGACUUCUUCACAAACACAUGUUUGAAGAGGCUGAAAAGUUUGCAAUCACAUUUGAGCUGGAUUUAGAGCUCGUUUACAAGGUGAAGCUUGACUUUGUGCUGGAACAGUUGGCCUCUGCAUCGGUUGGCGGCUAUGGACAAGAUGUGUGGUCUGAACUUGUGGAGGAGGCCAAAACCAACCUGUUAAAGAUCACAGAUGAGCAGUAUGUGGAGGAAUACUGCCUCAAGGCCCCGUGGCCGACCUUUGAGACAGCAGAGAAGAUGCUGAACCAUGCUGCCACACGAUACUCCUCCUUACAGAUCCAAGAAGCCCUGGCUAGGCUGGCAACAUUCUGCAGCCUGCACGGCCCAGAUAAUUUCAAUGGGAUCGCCUGGAUUGAGUUUCUGAACAGCAAUGACAAUUUAGGAGAUAUUCUGACCCACCUAAGAGAGGGAGACAUGAAGGGCGCCCAGCUCCUCUGGCUCAGAUGUGAGGGAGAGAUUGCAGCAGAGUUUGAUGAGAGCAAGCUUGAAGCCGUGCUUGGAGCCAUCCCAGAGGACCUGCCGUCCAAAGACCUCUGUCCUUGGUUUAGGACAGUUCUCGUACCUUUUGUGAGGAGAGUGGUUCCAACAGGACAGAAAAUCCUGGCGAGAUGGCUCGAGCAGAGGGCAAGGAAUCUUGAGUUGACAGAAAAGAGUGCUUGGCCCCAGAAUGGGUUGGACCUGGCAGUGCUUGGACUGCCCUCUCUAUGGGCAUGGAUGAAAUCUGAUGAUAAUUAUGGUGCAGAAGAGGUGGAGAACCUCAAGACCCUGGUGUCAAACCUCCGUCAGCUCCUGGACCUGCACGGGAAAUACAGUUGCAGGCUUUCACUUUCGGUCUUUGAGAAGGGGAGCGCACGAAGUGUCGCGUUCUUCAUGCUUGACAAAGUGCCAGCUCCAGAGUUGAUUGCAGCCACGGUGGAGAGCAACGUCCAGCCUUAUGCGGAAGAGCAUGAGAUUCCUUUUGAUGACCUGCUUCUACAGUAUAUCAAGGAUCUGUUGGAGCGCUGCAGUUCUCAGACUACAACACUUUUCACAGAAUGGGAGGCCAAAGCAGUAGCUGUGCUAGGCUGCAUGACUGACACUGACCUGAUGGUGGAUGCAGUGCUGGAGAUCAUGCAGAAAGCUGUGGUACCCUGGAGUAAUGUGGUAGAAAAACUGGUUCAGAAGUACCUAAAGAUGGAAGGGCCAAAACAAGAGCUUUUGAAGGAGAGCUACCAGCUGAUGGAGAUCAGAAAGCUUCUGAGGGGUUAUGGGAUCCGCAACUUCAAUCUCUCUAACAGCACUCAAAUUAUGACUCUGAUUAGAUACAUCCUGAAGCAAGACUUGCCAAUGUCUCUCGAAGACUCCCUGACAUUAGCUGAAGCCUACAAGCUUCCAACCUCGCAGAUAAACUACUUGUUUCUCAUUCAGCUGAUUGGCCAAGGCAAGACUGAGGAGUGCAUGACUGUCCUGAGGAAGCUGUCCUCUGCAGAGGCAGAGUGUGUGAUCAACCACCUCACAUCCUGGGCUAAGCUGCAGCUGCAAGACAAAGACCACAUAUCUGAUGAGCACAAGAAACACCAGAUGGUCAUUGCUCAGGUGUCAGUGGAGGCUCUGAAAUACCUUCAUAUAAUUCAAAAACAUGAUGCUCUUAAAAGCAUGGAAUGCGAAAACAAUCUCAUCAUGUUCAAGGCGAUCGCCCAUCUGCAGGAGGACUUUGACAUUUUCUUCACCCCUUCCAACUAUGAGGAUCCAAACAUGAGAAAACAAAUCCAGGAGCAUCACAUCACAGCCUAUGAAAACACACGUGGCCGCCAUUCGUCUAAGAAAAAGGUUACUACAACUCCAGUUGUGGCGAAUGAUCCUGAUGGCAAGACCAAGACGAUCUCCACAGAAGCUGACUUGCGUCGUCUAGGAAGGCAGCUGCAGCGCACUGAACAGGAGCUCUGGUCUGACUUGGCCCUGCGAGCUCUGCGAGUGGGAAAAGUGGACAAGGCCCUCAAAAUCCUCAGUGAACUGUAUGAACACCACUAUAACAAAAGCACAGGGAAGGUUUUGUUCACUGCUGCAAAGACGUUAUGCCAGAUGCUGGAGGCAGAUGUGCCCAUGGUGCUUCCUGAAGACACGGAUUUGCCGGCAGUCAUCCAUGAUCUGGCCUGCCAGGCCAUGACUGUGUGCCACUCAGAUCUACUCCUUGAUUGUUUGGAGCUUUGCAAGUGCACACGGAUAGCUAUGGAUGUCUAUCACCAGUGUCAGUUAUCGGACAACUAUGGCUUUAUUGCCAAGGAUUCCACCUCGGAGGCUGAAAAAGAUCCAUAUUCUCAGUGGAGUUUUCAGGAUGUCUUCAACGAAGACUGCAUUGUUCUGGACCCAGUGUCUGUGCUUCCGGUCCAAUAUGAAAUUACCAACUGCUUGCUGCCUGUUUCUCAUGAUAUUAAACUGUACCCACUUGACUGCUCCUGUCUGUCACACUGCUCAUUUGAAGAUGGUUCAAACUACCUGCAGCCCCUCCUGGGUCCCCUGUCCAACAUGUUACAGAUGCUACAGGAGUGCAGUCAGCUGGAGCUGGCCCUCAGAGUGCUGCUCAACUCAUACGGAAGCUGCCUGCAGCACAUCACUUCUAAUGUAAUGGACCUGAAGCUCAGUGUGCAGCUAUAUGAUACCAAAGAGCUUCAAAAGUACAAGAUAUGGUUAGCAGAUCUUCAAAAGUCAACUACUUCAACACUAAACGCUGUUGCUGUGGCUCUUUUGAACAAGGUGUUCAACUGGAGGAUGGUCGAUUGUGAUCUGGCUAUUGGACUCUGCACACUCCUCUCCAAAGCAGAAGUCUACAAAAUACUGUGGAAGGUUAUUGACAACACCUGGCAAAACUAUGACAAGAUUUUGGCUGUGGCCAGGAUCGGGGCCAAUCUGUGCUGCUUGUAUGGUGAAGCAGAGGAACAAGAGAAGUUCCUCUCUGUCAUCACUGAUGCUGAAUGGGGCAUCAAGCUAAGCAAACUAGAGAUAUCCAUCCAACCAGUGUUCCGCCAGCGACCUGAGAUGAAGAGUAGUCUGAUCCCUGAUCUGGUGAAAAACAGGAAGAUCACCCCAGACAUUAUCCUCGAGUACUGCAGCACCUUUGGUCUGGACCGUGACCGUGUGAUCAACCAGUACAUUACCACCUUACUGCUGCUCCAAGAGGACGAGGAAGGUGGGGGUGACCUGGGCACAAGUCAGGAGGAGAUGCAGCCUCUGUGUCAUGCAGAUGCUUUGGAGAGAGUCCUGAAGGUUAUUCCAAUGUUGCACAGCACCAGCGAGCUCACAGAAAGUCUCUGCGCUGCCAUAUUGAAGCUCAGCCCUUACAACUAUGAGAGGAUCGAAGUUGUGCUGAAGAUCAUACAGGUUGCCGAUGAGAAUGUGACAACAUUUUCUACUAGCCAGGCAACAGGCCUCCUUCAGCACCUGAAGUCCUACAAGCGAGUGUCUCCUGUCUCAGACGUGGAGAACACGUAUCUUUUGGAAAACAGCCUGCUGCCACAUCCCCUGUCCAACAGUAGACUGCCCUUCCACUUGCUUAUGCAGACCAAACAUUUCUGGAAGAUUAUCUCUCCUGAGCUCAGUGAGGAGACCUUCCCUACACUUCUUCUGAUCAGCAAGCUGAUGAAGGUGAGCCUUGACAAGUUAUACAUGUCAGCAGCAAACCAUGUGUUUGAGCGGAAGAUGAAGCCUUUACUGCUGGAGCAGAAAAAAAAGGGUCAGGGUCAUGGCUACAAUAAAGAGCUUGUCAAGGUGGCCAAGACCAUGAUGAAGUUCAUCCACUGCAUUCAGAGCCCAGAGUGGGCGGCCGCCACAGCCCACAAGAUCACCCAGGAGCUGCCACCAGGCCAUGAGAAAACGCAGUCACUCAGGUUCUGUUUGGCUCUUGGAGAGGCCUGGCUGAAGGAUCCAAACCUUGAGGACUCAGCACGAGCCAGAGGAGAGAUGUUUCUGUCCAAGCUGAAGCUGCAGUUCCAGCGCUCAGCUACUGAGAACACCUUGAUAACGAGUCAGCUGAACAGCCCAGAGAACCUGAAACUGACGGGGCUGCCAGCCAGGCUCGUAGUGGCUUUAUAUGAGCACAGCAGUGUGGAGCAGCACUACAGAGACACAGGAGGUCAAACGUAUCCUGACAUACAUGCUGUGGUUAAGGAAAUCGCUGCCAUCAACAACGUGGAUCUCCUAAAAAUCCGUAACAUGAUGUUGGAAAAAUGGAUCUGCAAAACAGGCCCUGCUGUUACCAAGGAUAUUGGUAAUUACGAAUGUGUCAGCAACAUCGAAGAAGACCCGGACCUGAUGAGGGUGGUGUACAUGCUGCAGUCCUGCCCCAUGGAUGAUGCUGUCCGUCUUCUACGUCCUAUCCUCUCUGCUGAGACCUGGCCCCUCAGCACAUCUGGCCCUCGUCUGACCUUCUGUCAUCGGACUCGAGCGCUGCUUUGCCUGGUCCGCCUCGCCGAUGCAGCCACACUGGAGGCCCAGUUUAAGAUCCCCAGGACCAAAAUUAAUUACUACCUGAAGUGCUACAUCUUUGUGUCUCAGCUGGAGGCACUGAACAUCCCUUACACAGUGCAGUCUUUCCUCAAUAGUCCCAAAGAGGGCUUGGUUAAAGGGCUGUGGAAGAACCACAGUCAUGAGCCACAGGCGGUGCGGUUGGUGGCAGACCUGUGCUUGGAGUAUCAGGUGUACGACCCUCAGCUGUGGAACAGUCUGCUUCAGAAGCUGCUGGGCUUCAACUUGAUCAGCCACCUCCAGAGGGUGCUAGAAGCUGUCGUGGCUGUGCCUGCUCUGUGGGAGAUUCCUAGUUUUUCCCGUACAUGGAGGAGUAUGAUACUGGCACCUUUUGUCUCAGCUUCCGUUCCUCUGAGUCCGGACCAACAGGCAACACUCUACAGGACCUUUGUCCUCCUCCUCAAGUGCCCUUUCCUCUUGAAUCUGGACCUGAUAGGAAUUGCCAAUCGUUUCGCACAGUUCAACCUGCCAGCCUUUGCCCUGGGCACUCUCCUUCUCAUCCCAUGUGCCACUAAAAAGGCUCAGCAGAUCCAGGGCUUUCUGUCGGUCUGUAACCCAGUCGCUGUCCUUGAGCAGGUGGAGGACCUCAUGAACACCGGGGAACUGGCUGGGAUUCCAUCACAGGUCAGGGAGACUGUGUUAACAUUUAUUGGCGAGAAUGGACAGCACCAGAAACUGCUGAAGACCAAACACUUCCAGCAUCUCAAGCAGCUCAUUGUGUCGAAUGGCCAACCCAACCAGGUGAAAGACUUGGUGGACUACCUGAUCAGCCAGAACUGUCAGGACGAUGCCGACUCACUGGCACGUGAGUACAUGAAACACAGAGAGCAGCAAAGAGGGAGAACGCUGACAAACGGCUCACCUUCACCAAACUGUCUGAAGGAGUUUCUCAACAUGCAAAAUGGAGUUUUGGGAUGAACUGACACUAUUUCUUCAGCCAUAUUUAUGUAUUUUUACUUGGUCUGUCCUGGGCUGAGAUGCAACAUUUGCACUUGACAUCUUUCUUCUAACUGUUCAUGUAAUAUCUGAAUAAACUCUUUUCAUUAUA